AUGACCGCAACCAAACGAAAGACAGCCGAGGAAGCUCGGAGGCAGCUGAAGAGGAUACAUCUAUCUGAACCGGCAGGUAUGCUACCACCACCGCAUUAUGGCUGUGGAAUUCAACCGUUAACGCUAUCAGGCCAAGAUGAAAUACACGAUUCCGACGCCAAUUGUGAUGAUUCCUCUUCUGUCGUUGACGAGAUGGUGUGCUCGGAUGAUGAACUGCAUGCGACGCCAUUGACGCCCUUUUCACCUGCUUCCUCAAAAUACCCAUCUGAGCUGAAGACUCACCUCUGUCCUUACUCCGGCUGCGACAAGGCUUUCAAUCGCCCGGCGCGGCUUACUGAGCAUAUACGUUCGCAUACCAACGACCGGAUCUUCGCCUGUACCUACGAAGGAUGCGAAAAGAGCUUUCUUCGAGCCUCUCAUCUCAAUCAUCAUAUCAAGAGUGCGCAUACCCUUAUAAGAGACUAUGUAUGUGAGCGUGAAGGGUGCGGAAAGGCGUUCGCUACAGGGUCAAGGCUUAGGAGGCACCUUGCAGCCCAUGAAGGGCGGGAUAAAUACACAUGCACUGAAAUAGCAGAAGGGAGUGGGAAACAGUGCGGAGAGUCAUUCAGGAAACAUUCCACUUUGUUGAAGCAUGUCAUGACCGUUCACCUGAAGAAGAGGCCGUUUCCCUGCCAAGCUACACUUGAUUCAGGCGAGACUUGUACUGCUGCAUUUGAUACGGCAGGCCACCUGAAGGCCCACGAAAGGAGGGUACAUGGAGAGGCACGGUUUACUUGCACGGAGUGCAUUGGCAAUGCAGAGAAUGAAGAAGGAACGGGAGAGGGAAAGGCAUGGUGUGAACGCAGUUUUACGAAAAAAGGCAAUCUCAACGUCCAUGUCAAGACGGUGCACGAGGGCGAGAAGCGCUUUGCCUGCGGCGAGACCGACCUCUCUACGUCUAAGAAAGUGGGCGGGUGGAAUGGGAUGGAUGCUUGCGGGAAGAGGUAUGGAAGUAAGCUUGCUCUGGAAGAACAUGUGAGGACAGCACAUAUGGGAUUUCGGAAUGCGAGGGCCGAGAGGAAGGCCAGAGCUGGUACUCUUACGGCUACCAACACAUUGGAAUCUGGGUCAAAGCGUACUGGCCCAUCUAACGUCGCUCUGCUUACAGGCCAAGGGUACACUGAGGAGUCAGGUAAUCGGCAUAUACCGUGUCUACUAGCUGAGUGCGAGCAUAGAUUCUACCGGGACUAUGAUCUCUGGCUGCACAUGGACGCAAAACACGGAAUGGAUGAGAAUGAAAUCCAGCUUCUCUUUAUGCAGCGAGCCAUGCAGGGCGGGAACGAGAGCUUUGACAGACCUUCAUUCCAGUAUGAGAUGGACACGAUUGGGAUGGGCGUCGACGAGAUUGGCGCUACUACUACUGGUGGUGGUGGCAGCAGCGGCCUUAUCGACGAUCUGGAGGGCAGAUAUACAUAUUUGCGACCCGAUGCUAGUGUCGAUGAGAUCAUGGCAAGCCACGACGAUGUCCAGGAACGGGGCGAGGACGAUCGUUCAGGCGGGUUGGGCGACCUUGUUGACCCGCUUCUGACGUACACUUGCCUGGAGUCGUGA